AUAAAAAUAAAAUUUUUUUUUUUCUAAUUUCUCAAUUUAUUUUAUGUUUCAGCUUUUUGCUGGAAUGAUAGAGUAACCAUUGAAAAUCCUACACUAUAAGAGCUGAAAAUGAAUAUUAGUACAUUAAAAUAAUAAAAAAACAUAUAUUUUUCUUUUUCAAAGCACAGUACCAAACCUAUCCUUGUUAAAUUUGCAUUUGUUUUCUCUCCCCUUGGAGGUAACAAAGAGAGAGAGAGGGAGAGUUAAAAGAGGGUGUGCUGGGAGAGGGAGAAGAGAGAGAAACUGGUGAGAAUGGGGAUAUUGCAAGACGAUGUUGUAGUGAUAAGUAAAGGAGAGAAGCCUGGAGAAUCAACUGUGAUUACUGUGAAUUGUCCUGAUAGAGCUGGACUUGGCUGUGAUUUGUGCAGGGUUAUCUUGCUUUUUGGAUUUAGCAUUUGUAAAGGAGAUGGACAAACGGAUGGGAAAUGGUGCUAUAUAGUCUUUUGGGUGGCGGGGAAGCCAAGCACAAGGUGGAAUUUAUUGAAGCAGAGGCUAUUAGAGGUGUGUCCAUCAUAUUUUUCGACUUCUGAGAUUGACUUCUACAAACCUGAGAACCAACAGCCAAGGCUGCCAGAUGUGUUUCUGUUGAAGUUCUGGUGCUCUUAUGACUAUGAAGGUCUUUUACACGAUGUAACUGAGGUUCUAUGUGAGCUGGAGCUGACAAUAGAAAGAGUGAAGGUGUCCACUGCUCCGGAUGGGAGAGUGAUGGACCUCUUUUACAUCACUGAUACUAGGGAGCUUCUUCGCACGAAAACGAGACAGGAGGAAACAACUCAUUAUCUGAAGAAUGUGUUAGGGAAGGCCUUGAUUAGUUGUGAGAUUGAAUUAGCGGGGCCAGAAUUUACUGCAUGUUCUCAAGGCUCACCAUUUCUUCCUUCUGCAAUCACAGAAGACAUGUUUAGUUUAGAGCUUCCCAAUAAUCCCCGAAGUGGCUUUCUUGCCCACAACCCUGUCUCUGUUACAGUGGACAAUGCCUUCAGUCCCUCACACACACUUGUUAAAAUUCUCUGCAAGGAUCACAAGGGUCUCAUUUAUGACAUAACAAGAACUCUAAAGGAUUAUAAUAUCCAGAUUUCCUACGGACGCUUCUUUGCCAGUAGAAAAGGAAACUGUGAAGUGGACUUGUUCUUAAUGCAAGCAGAUGGCAAGAAGAUAGUUGAUCCCAACAAACAAAAUGCAUUGUGUUCUCGUUUGAGAAUGGAGCUUCUGUGUCCUCUUCGACUGGCUGUGGUUAGUCGGGGCCCUGAUACUGAGCUGCUUGUUGCAAACCCUGUUGAGUUGUCUGGCAGGGGCCGGCCACUUGUCUUCCACGAUAUUACUCUGGCUCUCAAGAAUCUAAACACCCCCAUCUUCUCGGUAGAGAUAGGGAGGCACAUGAUUCAUGAUCGGGAAUGGGAAGUGUACAGAAUACUACUUGAAGGUGAUGGGUUACCUGUGUCCAGGAACAAGAUUGAGGAGGGUGUUAGGAAAGUGUUGAUGGGUUGGGAAUAAAUUGAGAUACUAUCUUCAGUUAGGGGCCAUCACGAUCUAUCUUAUCGUUUUGAGUCUCUAGUACAGCUAGGCGCUAACCGCAUGCGAAUACAGAUCAAGAUGUUUCUUAAGGGAAAUGACAAGGUCUUUCAUCUCCCGUGUCGAAAUGCAAUAAACAUAAUGCAGGUGCUUUAUUUUUUCUUUCAAAAAAGUUAUUAUCUUUUUUGUGACGUCUUGUUUUGGGUUUUGUUUCCAUAAAAGCCAUUGCUACCACCACACUAGGAUGUUGUAUAAACUACGAUCACCAACCAGUUCACCACAACCAUUUACGAAAACGCUUGAUGGCAUGGGUUUCACGACAUUGCCAUUUUAUCAAUGGGUGAUGUUAGGAAUCUUGUUGAUGAUCCUAACGUUGGUUGUUGACGAGAAUGUCUCCCUACAUAACGAGGCCAACAAGAGCAUGGUUCUCACGAUGUACAAUUUUCAUUACGCUUUUCUUUAGUUUGUGCUCGGUGGGCGGCAAGGAAAAACAAAGGCUUUAUAAAUGCAUCUCAAUUUACUCUAAUUUCUACAAUUAAUGAUAGGAGUA